UAUUCAGCCCAAGAAUGACAUUGAACGCAUGCAAUGGCCUUUGACGGUCGUGACAUAGUUCCAAGACAAUAAAAGGUGUGGCGUCCAGCCCGUGUCUUCGAAGUAAGGAACGGCGAGCACUUGUUAGGCUGUCCCUCAAGAGGUAUAAUGUCACCUCGUCCAUCAGUACGGGACUCCGAAUCUCGUCAGACCGGCAUUUUGAUGCCCACUGCUACACCGACGUCAAGUAUCUCAUGGAUGCAAAAGUGCUUUCCCCCCACCACUGGGGCCCACAACGGCGCAUCGAUCCAGUUCAGUCGGCAUCGCCCUCCGACUAUUCUCUGCCAAUUCAUCCAGCCCAACAUUGCAGACAGCCGGUUCUUCGGCAAAGACUCCCACCGGCGUCCACGUCAAUACUGGUAGCUCAAUCGGCAUGGUACAUCCGCGCGGCAGAUUGCUCCCGUUUGCGCACUCAUUCGACCUCAAAUCUGCUCACGUCGCCUCACUCCACCACACUUCCGCGGUACCCACGCAGAAUCGGUAUAUAUAGUUGGAGCAGCCUCCCCUCCGACCGUGUCUUGGCACUCUUCUCGUGCCAUGGCCCAUGGCCCACGGCUUUCUUAUCAGUUGACGGGCUUGUAGGGGCAAGCCUUCGGGUACCAGUCCAGUCACGGCUCACACCAGUCAAAAGCGGAUCGUGUUCACGUUUCCGUCCCCUCCCCCUUUUUCAAUCUCUCUUCCACUGGACCCCCACAUUUUCAUAUAUUUGUGACGUUCAUCCACACAGUCUACGGCACAGCGGUCUGCUUUCCAGUCUCGAUCGUUCGAUGAACUCUCGCCUACGAGCAGCGGGCACGGAUGGACGCUCAUACACGGUCCAGGGCACUGAGCCUGGUCAAGCGGUACGCAAGUUCUGCGUCUUCGAGCGUCAAAUAUCGGCCGCGGGCUACGACUCAGCCCGCUGUCUCCUACACUGUCGUCAACAAGCUGCGGCCCCAUAUAUCAGAUGCCACCCGCAAAGCCUAAGCAGUGGCUGGUAACGCCGUGAGCCAAGACCAAGACUUUUCAUAACAGUUUGCAGUCACUUUUCAGAAGUCAGGCAAAGAGAAGAUUGUUUGAACAGAUAUACAUUGCAAAGCUUGAAAGACGCCCAGCUGCAAAAAAGGUGCGCUAGACGCCCGUGGUGGUGGUCGACUGAAAAA